AUGCUCGUGUUCACUACUACCCUUUUACUACAAGUCGUGUCUAUGUAUAUCGGCUAUGCCCGAGGACAAGAAGAACAACAAGAUAUGCCUGUAGCAGCACCACUUACACAUGAACCAGCACCUACCAACUGGUGGGAAGAAGCCUAUCGUAAUGCCAAACUUGGUUACCACGCGGACAAGGUUGUUCAUGGCCAGAUAGAUCACGUCAAAAGCGUUAUUCCCAAUGUGGAAAAUGCAUAG